AUGGAGCAUCAUGAUUUUUACAAGGGCCGCCUCUCCAAACCAGAGACGAUAGCAGUGUCUGCAGUUGCUUUACAGGAUCAUAUAAUACACACUCAUCAGCUCCAAGAUCUUUCAUUAGCAGAUCCUUUUAAGUCAAGAACAGGGAAUACCAAGAUCAUUUACAAACCCGUGAACAAAGAAAUGGUUAGAGCAGUAGUAGAUACUGGACUAAGAAAAAAGAGCACUCACCACAAAAACAAGGAAGAUGCAGAAAAGGAGUAUGUUCUUGAUCCCAGUCCUCCACAGCUAACGUUAGCUCAGAAAUUAGGCCUAGUUGAGCCUCCUUCCUUGCCACUAACUGCUGAAGAAUGGGUAAAAAUAAAGCGGAGAUCCAUACAGCAUGGCGACUCCAUACAGCCUUGUGCAAUAUGCAGGGAAGAAUUUGCACUUAAACCUCAGGUGCUGCUUUCAUGUUCCCAUGUAUUCCAUAAAGCAUGCCUGAAAGCCUUUGAAAAAUUUACAGGUAAAAAGUCUUGUCCUAUGUGUAGAAAAGAGCAGUAUCAGACCAGAGUAAUACAUGAUGGGGCACGCUUGUUUAAAAUAAAGUGCGCUAUUAGAAUUCAAGCUUCCUGGAGGGGAUAUAUUGUUAGAAAAUGGUAUAAGAACUUGAGAAAAACAGUGCCUCCUAAAGAUAGCAAAUUAAGAAAGCAAUUCUUUGAGAAAAAGGUUCAACAGAUCAGCAAUCGACUGUUGAGUUCUUACGACAUCAACCUAGAUGAUUUUUUUUCUGAGAUAGAUUCUUCUAUAGCUGCAAGUCGAGAUGUGUUUCAGCAGUUGGAAGGAAAAGAAAUAUUAAUAAGUGAAACUGACUGGGAGAAGAUCCAGAUGCAGGCAUUUCGGCAAGAGAUAUUCGACUGUCCUAUCUGUAUCAUGCCACUCAGUCCUGCAGUUCAUCCUGCCUGUCUCUCUUCUGGCAACAGCAAUCAGUUUUCACGACGGACUGUUCUGCUUUCUUGUUCGCAUUUGUUUCAUCAUACCUGUCUUCAAGCAUUUGAAGAGUUUUCCUUGGGAGAGCGACAUAUUUGCCCUUUAUGUCGCUCAUAUUAUCAAAAGAAAAUCCUCAAAUGUUGA